AUGGACACUCAAGAUGAUAGCCUCGAUCUGGAUUAUCUGAAGCAAGCAGCCUUCGACUUGACUGACGAACGGCCAAAACAGGACGUGUCUCGAAACUUACAAUUACGAGAUAUUAGUCGUUUUCUCGGGACUCAAGCCCAUGCCAUUGCGUCUUUGAAUACCACUAUGAAGCUGCCAUUGCAGCCUGACGCUGGGCAUAGCUCAGUUCCAGAGUCACCCUUUCCCAAAAUGGCGGCUGCAACAGGUAGUUUACCGGGCGAUACGCAGCCAAUCUCUCAAUCAGUCUUUGAGAGUUUCAUGAGCAAGGCAAGAGCAAACCUAGGACCUCCGAAAGACCAGGAGGGAAACGAAGAUGAUAAUGUAAUGGCAAAGGAUGCGACUCUACAUGAGGGCGAUACAGGCCAUCUAGAUUUACUAGCUGCUUUUGGCGAAACUCCUGUUGCAAAUCGUGAGUUCGCCGACGAGGAUGGACACCUAGAGGACCUUGACAUGGUUGGUGGAGCCUCAUCUCCAACCCAGUACCAGCUUUUCCCCGAAUCCCAACGCUUCAUUAGCAUGACCCCUGCGACGCCAAAUCAUGAACACUCGCAGCCCGAGGUCUCAGCUACGCCAAUACUUCCACGUUAUGCCUUCAGCAGCGAAUGUCACAACGGCAGCACUGUAAUGGCAUUAUCCCAAGUGUUCAAUGCAACCCAAAAUCACUCGUCGCCCUAUACUAAUGGACCUCCACUUUCAUCGGAUAUGCCAUCACCAAAUAUCCCUAUUGAGACCCGACUGACUGGCACGACCACAGUAUUCUCACCUCCCCUUCCAUCCUCAGUUGCUCCGCGGAAACAUUUAGAACCUCAAGCAAACUACGUUUCGAUGAAGGAGUCGCAGGCUGUGCGGGAUAUGCUGGCACGUUUGCACUCGACGGAUGAAAAUGGUUUUAGCGAUGACGAUUUUGGGGGGGAUGAUAGCUACGUCCAGAGACAUGUAAGGGAAAAAUACACGGAAGAGGAAGUGAAAAAGCACUUUGCCAGUGUGACCGCCCCCGCUAGGUGCGGCUCAAAAGGUCGUGGAAAAAAGACUGCGACAGAUCAAUCCUCCCCGAUCCAAGCAGAAUCUCGAAACGACUGUCCUCCCCGUACUGUUACUUUAAAAGUGACGGAGAUUGGGGCUAUUGAAAGAAGUGAAAGAAACAAUGCUGGAAGCAGUGAAGAAGAAACCGAACAGGAGGAUGAAGUUGAGGCCUCGCAGAGCCGACGGAUUCAGCACUCCCAGAUUUCAGGAGAAGAUGAUAAGGAAAAUGUUGACAUUGGGGCCGUUCGUGUUCCUGACACUACUUCCUAUGCUCAUGACGCUCUCUCUCAGGCCCUUGAAUUAGAGCAUUCAGGCCAUCGAAACUUAAUUAGCGAAGUUUCAGGACAUACCAACGGCAGUAAGGAACCAGCGAAUCGGCCUCAAAGCACUCCGAACAAAAGCGAAGACAACACACCUACUGGCUCUCAAAUCGUUAAUAUCGCCAAUUCUCAACCUUUCAGUAAUCCUAGUCAAAAGAGACGCAAAGGCAGACCCAGGACGGUAACUCCGCGUUUGGCACAAUCUCCUACCAAGGAAUGUAUACUAUCAUCACCUGUUUCCGGUCUACUUAACCACCCUAAUCCACAUGUUCUCAGCCGUGGUUCAAAGAGGCCUGGAAGCAGAUCUCGAUAUAGGAGGAUAGAAACGCACUUGGAUCAAUCCCCGGAAGAGGAGAAUGUGCAUUCGUCGCCAGUAAUUUCCCUGCAAGAACAGAGCAGCCUUGUUGAACAACAACCGUCUCACGGGGGACAUCGUUCGUCGAAAUCGGUUUCUGGAACCCAACAUGACCUUGGAGACGCAAAAUUUAUGGAAACGUCUCACAAAAUGCCCCAUCAAUAUGGUCGGCAUGACGACCAUGCUCCGAAUGUGGAGUCACCAAAUUAUCAGAAGACAUAUCUGGAGGCUGAAGUUAAAAUAUCAGAUCCGAAUCCUUCAUCUGAAGAACUAGGCGCUGCGAAAGCCUCUUCCAUACCUUCUCGUGUUUUAGAAACACCGACCCAGGAAAAGCAACCGUCAAAAACAUAUCGUCAGAUGAUACCGGAAACAUCUCCACCUAGUCACUUUUCAAAAUCCAUCCCAACAUUUAACAAUAACUCUUCAAGAUCUCCCACUCAUGAUGACGAUCAGCUUCCUGUUCUCCCCAAGUUUUCCCGCCCUCAAAUUGGACGCCUUGGAGUUCCUGGGUUGCACACUAGGGAUUGCCCACAUCGCACCGUCUCGGCUGUACUUUCUAGCCCUAGUGGCCGCCAGCGUCGUAGCAUGACUGAAAUUGCUGCGGAAGAGUCGCCCUGCCGCUCACUGCCUGAUUUUUUGCCAGACUUUGGACUUAUUACUGCGGAGGACAGAGAAUUCGCAUCUAUAAUCCGAGAAACAGAACUUCCUGCUCAGAAAAGGAGGAGAGGAAAUGAUGGAAGAAUCACCGGCUCGUCGAAUCUGUUUGACCGGAACCAAACGUUUAUCCCUGGCAAGCCACGCGUCGUUCCGCAGCCGGCAGUAGAGAAGAGCGAGCCCACGAAUAAGGUUUCGAAGCCUGCUAUCCCAAUACCAGUACCUCCUAUGCAUAUGGACGCUGUCGUUAUCCGGCAAAACCCGCGGGCGCCAAUUGAGGCAUGCCAGUCAACAAGCCUGUCGCCAACAUCAACAGAGCUGAUUGACAGAGCGGAUAGCCCUGACCCAAUUCAGGGUGAGAAGACUCAUAUACACUCGAAACAAAUAUGCGCUUCACCAUCGCUGAAUAAUCCUGGAUUGGAAAAUAAAGUAUUUGCCUUUUUCAAUGGCCGACCACAGGGGUAUUUCCCAGCAACCUGUGUUGGAAUUUCACACCUUGUUGGCGGUACUCGAUACCUUGUAAGAUUCGAAGACUCAAUCAAACCUGAUGAGGUGAAUGCGGACGCAGUUAAGAGGUUGGAGUUGAGAAUAAACGAUAUAGUCAAGGUGGACUUACCUCAGGUGCCAAAGAUUCCGCAUAUAGUUGUGGGCUUCCGAAAGCUGAAUGAGGCCACUUCCUUCCAUGAUGGCGAGGCGACCCUCAGUUCGACCAUGACUGAUGUUCAUGGGCACCGCUUCGUCAUCCUUAGGCCCAAGAGCUCGGAUGGCUCUUUCCGCCAUGGGCUUGAUAUCACUGUUCCGAUCUCUAACGUUUACCUUGACAGGAUUUUGUGGACUAGAUUGGAAAACCGGCAAUAUUCGUACUCACCGCAACUUGUCAGCCCCUCUGCAUCGGAACUACGAACAGCAUUCAACCCGCGCCCCAGUUCUGUUCAUUCUGCUUCACGGACUGACAAUCUCCUCCCAUCGGUUUCAGGCUUAUUUUCCGGAAUGGCUUUCGCUGCGUCCUACAAUGAUGACGAAGAGAGAAGGCUGCGCAUUGAAGAACUCAUUACUCAAAACGGCGGAAGGAUCCUGAAGGAUGGUUUCACCGAGCUAUUUAACCAACCAUUAUCCAAAUCUCCUUCUGCGUCGUUCGAAAAUAACUCUGUUGUGACAUUUUCAACAGAUCAUAGCAACGGAUUACUAUCUUUGCAUCCUACAGCCGAGAAUACCGGUUUCGUUGGCCUCCUAACAAACGAACAUACCCGUCGCGUGAAAUAUAUGCAAGCACUUGCCCUCAACAUUCCCUGUCUAUCAGGACGCUGGGUCUAUGAUUGCGUCGCCAAAGACCAAAUCGUGGACUGGGAACCUUACCUCCUGCCUGCGGGCGAAUCUGCUUUCCUUAAUGGCGCAAUCCGAUCGCGAGCCAUCUCCCCAAACCCAGCUCUAACAGCACGCCUACAAGACACUAUCGCUGCCCGGCCCAAAUUACUGGCUGGCCAAUCCGUGCUCCUCGUCAUGGAUCGCGGCAAAAUUGCCGAACAGCGCAAACCUUACAGUUUUCUUGCUUGUGCCCUUGGUCCAAGCAGAAUCGCAUUUGUACCAGACAUGAAUGCCGCAAUUAAGUUAUUGGCGCCACCUGGACGGGAAUCGCCGGCAUCAAGCGCUCAUUCAGAUGUCAGCUGGGAUUGGAUUUAUGUCGGUGAUGAGAAGGCGGGUGCGGCUGCUCGUGCACAACUUAUCAAGGCGGCGCAAUCUAUGGCAGUAAAGCAGACAUCCAGGAGCCGCUCGCGGGGCCGGCCGCCUAAGAAAGCCAAAAGUCGUAGUCGACCGACGGAUGGGGCGGCACGAGCUGCUGCUACUUCUGCUGGUCUGACUUAUGGCGGCCUCGUGUCUCGGGGGGAAGGGGAGGGGGUUUCGCACAGGCAGCGCCUGCGUCUCCGAAGCCUCCUGAAGGAUAUGGAAACGUGCUACGCUGAAGGGAUCUUUGUACACGAGAAGAGCAGAAUUCAAAUAGCAACUCAUGAGAAGACUCAGUCCUCUGUACUGUGCAUCCACUUCUGUCCCGUCGGAAAGAGGUACCUAUCUACAAUCUUCAUUUCUACCCACCCACAAACUAUACUUUAA